GAUUUUCCAUUUACGUACCUUUUAGAAAUUGUGAUGUUAUAGGUAGUAAUCGAUCAGGCAGCGGUGAGACAACAACAAAAUUCAUUACAGAAGAAAGUUUUCGCUUUAAUAAAGUAAACAAGAUGGCGUGUGAGAAACGGCCGUAUCUGUGUGCGAUUCUUGUGCUGUGCUUAUUUGCUUUAUUUUUCCACAUCGUCGGGUUUGUGGCGCCGGGAUGGAUAAUCUUGAGGCGGUCCGUCGGAGAUGAUUCCUUAUUCCCAAUGGAAGGAAAGCCUAUUGACGACGGCGGACUUCCCGCACCUCAGCCAGAAGAUGAUGAGCCGAGAGCUAUGUUCAGGAAGAAAAGAUCCCACGACGAUGAUACCGACAGUUCCGAAGAAGGGGACUCCCGUAGCCAUCAUGGACCACAUCAUGGCGGCCAUCAUGGACCACAUCACGGCGGCCAUAAUAGACCCCAUCAUGGAUCUACAAGAAUGCCACCUAGUGAAAUGAAUGAGGAUAUGAGGAAAGAGAAUUCCGAAGUGGGAUCUUGGAUGAUGAAAACAGCGGCGGAAAUUGAAUCUUUCGAUGUUCGAACAAGUUACGGUCUUUGGUACUCAGUAAUGUGUAUUCAUAAGCGUCGCAUGGAUGGUGAUAGUGACUCGGACGACAAGGACGACAUGGCUGAAUCGUCUAGAGAAUCGUCUAGUGAAGACGACGACAGAAAAAAACGUCAUCAUUGUAAAAAGAUGUCAACCAAAUGUGCCUUGUCUUAUGCUAGCAUGUACGAAGACUUUAUGUACGUACCACGUCACGGUGAACGUCUGAGUUACAAGAGUUUUGGUAUGGCAAGUCUCAAGGAGCACCAAAUUGAGAGUUGCCUGGUGUUGGCCUUCAUGGUUCUUGGUUUGAUCUCUGCCGUCGUUGGGUUCAAGAACGCAAACGGAUGUAGAUGUGCCCGGCUUGCUUGCGUUAUCUUCAUGCUUCUAGCAGCGUUCAUUGCCAUCGUGCCUGUUGCCCGGCUUGGACACUACAGUGUACACAGAGCUCACCAGAAAUCUAUGAUCAAAGUCCAUGCUCCAUAUUCUGUAAUCGCUUCUCUGAUUGGCGCAAUAUUUGCAUUCACGGCGGCACUUGUAGCUGGAUGUGCCUUAUACAAAACCAGAAAGAACCAAGCUGGAAAAUGGUACCAGUUCAACAACGAACUAGAAACACCCAACGAAGAAAAGAAUGCAAAGCCCGCUCUGUAUUACUCAACAGACCCGCUUCCGGCGAAACCAGGACUGUAUGACGUCUGCGACUUCAGUAAUAUCAAACCAGUCGAAGAAAUCAAGAAACCGGAAAAGGAGGAGCCGGACGAGUUCGUUCUGUAAACCAUGGACUGGUUAUAUGCGUUCUUAGAGAUCAAAGGUUAAAUAUCAGUCUGCAAAUACCGAGAUAGUGCUAUGAAUUCGUGAAAACAGUAUACGCAUAUUCUAUAACCUAUAUGUUGUGUUUUUAUUAUGACUAUCGUGUAAUUGUUGUUGUUUUUUACUUUUUUAAGAAUGCAUCUUGCACUCUUUACUUGCCUGUGUUUACAUGAUUCUUUAUACUCAAAGAUGAGAGGGAGAGCGGAAUUAUUUCGAACAAACGUUGCUGGACAAUAGUUUAAAUCGAUCAAACAAAGACAGACCCAUAUUUGUAUAUUUUAAAUGUUUGUUGGGUUUUUUUUUUUCAAAUAAAUUUUCUGAUUAUAAUGUUCUUGUAGUGAUAACCAAAUUAAUCAACUUGAUGUUACUGUUAUCUGAUACUUGUCUUUGUUUGUUAAUAAAAGGGUUACUCCAAA